UGUUUUGCCAGCCCUAACAAAAAAACAAACAAAAUAUUCAAAGAUUUCAACACAAAUUGUGGUUGAGAAUUGAUAUCAAGUUCCUCCACUCUCCACUUGCCUUAAAAGAACUAGCAAACAAAUGGUACUGCAAAGACCUUUAACAGCGGCUCCUCCUCUCUCUGCAUCUCCGUUCAAUUUCACUGUGAACAAGAAAAAGAAGCAACAACAUCGAUCCAUAUUUAGCCUCUUUCUUCAAGAAAUAUUAAACAACCUAGGGCUUUUCUGCACUAUAUACUAUAUCUAAUACUGGGUAUAUUACUUCCUUAUAAGCUGCUUUGAAACCUUUGAAUUAAUGCUAGUUGUCUCACAUUUGAGAAACACUACCAAAGAUGAGAACAAAGGGGAGAUGGAGAGUUUUACUGUCGACACACAAGAGUUUCCCGAGUUUUCAGAUACGAACUUGCUUGAUAGUGUCGAUUUCGACGAUCUUUUUAUGGGCAUCAAGGACGGUGAUUAUUUGCUGGAGCUCCUCCCAGAUUUCUCUAUCAGUGGCGGAGAUGAAUCGGACAUUAAAACAUCAGUCUCUGUGGAAACUUUUGAGGAUAGUUUGAAAAGAGGGGAGGAAGACAAAGUGUCGGGUUCAGGCUCAGUCUCUAGUAAAGGAGAUCAAGAGACAGUGAGUACUAGAGGGGAGCCUCCUUUGAAAACCUUCACUAAAGAUCAUGGAAACAAGGGAAGAAAAUCAUCGGCACAGGCCAAGAACGAUAAUCAAGGGAAGCGAAAAGUGAAGGUGGAUUGGACGCCAGAACUGCACAGGAGGUUUGUUCAAGCAGUGGAGCAGCUGGGAGUGGAUAAGGCAGUGCCUUCGAGGAUUCUAGAGCUUAUGGGAAUUGGCUGUCUCACUCGCCAUAAUAUUGCUAGUCAUCUUCAAAAAUAUCGGUCACAUCGGAAGCAUCUACUAGCACGAGAAGCGGAGGCGGCGAGCUGGAGUCAGAGACGGCAAAUGUAUGGAACCACUGCGGCUGGAAGUGGCAAGAGAGACGUUAACUCUUGGCUUGCGCCCACACCCACAAUAGGUUUCCCUCCCAUGCACCACCACUUUAGACCAUUACACGUGUGGGGUCAUCCCACGGACCAAUCUGUAAUGCACAUGUGGCCUAAACAUGUUGGCCAUUCACCCUCACCGCCGCCUCCACCAUCAUGGGCUCUGCCAGGUCCACAUAUUGACCCUUCAUAUUGGCACCACUACCAUCACCAACGAUUUCCAAAUGGACUAACCCCGGGAACGCCUUGCUUUCCACAGCCACUUGCAACAACGAGAUUUGCUGCACCACCGGUCCCUGGUGUCCCACUACUCCAUCAAGCCAUGUACAAAGUAGACCCCGGUAUCGGCGUUCCGACUGCGCCUUCAGGCCCCAAGCCUCAUGUUGACUUCCAUCCGGAUUUUGAAUAUUCAGCACAGGAGGUCGAAAGAGAGCAUAGAUGCAGCUAUUGGUGAUGCUUUAUCAAAACCAUGGCUGCCACUUCCUCUCGGCCUGAAACCUCCAUCUCUGGAUAGUGUGAUGGGGGAAUUACAACGACAAGGAGUCCAAAAAGUGCCACCCAGUUGUGCUUGACCCUGCCUUGGAAGUUAAUUGGGACAUCCAUUAUUAAUUAUUAGGUGCUUUUUCAAUUAAUCGGGGGUUAUCAGGAGCCUGGAAAACCGAAAAUUCGACGACAUUUCUUGACACGAUCUAAUCUAGUAGUUUCUUCUUCUUGCUUUUCGUCUCUCCUUGCAGCUCUACAGUGCUGAAUGUUUGGUACGUACUGCUGUUCUGGUUUUCCAGCAAGCUACUCAUUUGAUGUAUGAUGUUAACAUAAUAAUUUUUUAACAGUUCUAAGAAUAUGAGAUAAUAAUAACUUGAGCGCUUCCAUGCA